AUGCUACCUCUAAUAAACGCACCCUUUGUAUUCUUGGCGGGCAAGAUCGGCGCCUCUUCCGAUGAACUGAAGCUCAUCUUCUCCUUCCUCCUCUCCUACCCGCUUGCCGGGCUGCUUAAGCGAGUGCCUGACGCACGACCCGAACAGAAGAAUCUAUUUAUAAUAAGUAUUGGCAUCUUCUACUUGGUCGGCCUCUUUGAUCUGUGGGCAGGCCUACGCACGCUGCUGGUAGCAGCCAUCGGCGCCUAUGGCAUCGCAUACUUUGGCCGCGGCUCACCCUACAUGCCGUGGGCUGGCUUCGUCUUCCUGAUGGGCCACAUGUCCGUUAAUCACCUGGCGCGCCAGGCCGCCAAUGACCCCUCGAGCGUCGAUAUCACUGGCGCGCAGAUGGUUCUCGUCAUGAAGCUCGGCGCGUUUUGUUGGAACGUUGCCGACGGUACAUUGCCGGAAGAUCAACUCUCUGACUUCCAAAAAGACCGCAGGUUGCUCCAGCUACCGAGCCUGCUCGAUUAUGCUGGCUAUGUCUUCUUCUUUCCGGCUCUGAUGGCGGGGCCGGCUAUGGAUUUCGCAGAGUACAGGCGAUGGCUGGACACGACCAUGUUCGAGGUACCGACGAAUAUAGACCCCGCGAAGAAGCCACCUACGCGCAAAAGGCGCAAGAUCCCGCGCAGUGGUACCCCCGCGGCAUGGAAGGCAGCUUCGGGCCUGUUUUGGAUCCUGAUGUUCUUGAACUUCUCUGGCUGGUACAACUUCGACACGCUUGUUGGCCCGACAUACAUGAACUACGGCUUCCUGCGCCGAGUCUUCAUGAUGCACAUGUUCUCCUUUACCGCGCGCAUGAAGUACUAUGGCGUGUGGUCUCUCACCGAAGGAGCAUGUAUUCUGGCUGGACUGGGCUACAAUGGCGUGGACCCCGUGACGGGUAAGGUAUCAUGGAAUAGGCUGCAGAACAUCAACCCCUGGGGUGUCGAAUCGGCACAGAACACUCGCGCCUACCUUGAGAACUGGAAUAUGAAGACCAAUAUGUGGUUGCGCAACUACAUCUACCUGCGCGUCACGCCCCGCGGCAAGAAGCCCGGGUUCCGUGCGAGCAUGGCGACCUUUGUCACCAGCGCCUUCUGGCACGGCUUCUACCCCGGCUAUUAUCUUACCUUCGUCUUGGCAAGCUUUGUCCAGACCGAAGCCAAGCAUUUCCGCCGCCACGUGCGCCCCUUUUUCCUCGACCCCGUUACGCAAAAGGGAACAGCGAAAAAGAGAUAUUACGACAUCGCAUCGUACUUCGCCACGCAGCUCGUCUUCUCCUUCACCACGGCGCCCUUCCUGAUCCUGGGCUUCAGCGACUCCAUCAAGGCCUGGGCGCGCGUCUACUUCUACGGCAUCCUCAGCGUCGUGGCAUCCAUGGCCUUCUUCGCGUCCCCUGCCAAGGCGACGCUGCGCAAGCAGCUUGAGGAGCACAACGCCCGCGCGGGCGUCAAGCUCAAGAAGUCGGCCAGCACGGAGAGCCUGACGGGCCGCGAGCCGGUCAUGGGCCUGUCGGCCGACCUGGAGAAGGAUCUCGACGAGGCGGUGCAGGAGCUCAGGACGGAGAUCGAGGCGAGGCAGAGGGCGAGCACGGCGAGCAACCCGAAGAAGACGCACGCCGCUGCUUUCAGCUAA